GCCCCCGGAAGUGAGUCUGAGAAGGUGAAGCAGAAGGUAAACAUGGCUCACAGUUUCCUCUGCAGAUCUGUCGGAGUGUUUCAGCUCCUCAGGACUCAAACCCCGCUCUCAGGAACCCGGUUUUACUCUCACACAGAACCGGAACCGCUGACGUUAAGACAGCAAAACAACGGAAUCAGGAGAAUAAUAUUGAACAACCCCAAGAAGAGGAAUGCUCUGUCUCUGUCCAUGCUGGAGUCCCUCAGAGAAAACCUCCUCACUGACGUCGACAGCGAUGAUCUCAGAGUGGUCAUCAUAUCAGCCAGAGGUCCAGUGUUUUCCUCCGGACACGACCUGAAGGAGCUGACGUCGGCUCAGGGACGAGAGUAUCACACCAGAGUGUUUCACACCUGUUCAGAGGUAAUGAAUCUGAUUCAGGACAUCCCUGUUCCGGUCAUCGCCAUGGUGAACGGCGUUGCCACGGCGGCCGGUUGUCAGUUGGUCGCCAGCUGUGAUGUUGCCGUGGCGACAGAGCAGUCCACUUUCGCCACCCCGGGGGUGAACGUCGGUUUGUUCUGCUCCACGCCGGCCGUCGCCAUCGGAAGAGCCGUGCCCAGGAAGGUUGCUAUGGAGAUGCUGUUAACAGGAAGUCCCCUCUCGGCCCAUAAUGCAUUGCUGCACGGUCUCAUCAGUAAGGUUGUGCCGGAGGAUCGUCUGGAGGAGGAAACGUUAUUGAUCGCUCAGAGAAUCUGUCAGGCGAGUCGCCCGGUCGUCGCCCUCGGGAAGGCCACGUUCCAGAGGUGAGAUUUUAAAGAGUCCCUGUAAAACUUUCUUGGGUUUUCCCUUUCCU